AUUCUUUCCUCCCUGUUUGCUCUCUCACUUGUCUUGUUCGGCCCAUGCUUGAAGUCGGUGUUGGUGUUUGGAAACCGCUUUACGUGUUUUUUCCUCGUUUCUCAGUUAACAGUGUAGUUAUUAGUAAUUUUGACAACUUGUACAAAUUAAUAGUUUUGUAAAUUCUAGUAUUAAUUAACUUUGAGCUUAUCUUUGCUAUUUGUUUUUAAAUACGAUAGUGAAAUAUGGACGGUCACGUAAGAGAAGGCAUGCUGCUGGGUAUGUGCAAUCCCUUGCUGGACAUAAGUGCCGCAGUGGAUGGGGACCUACUGGCCAAGUACCACAUGAAGCCCAACGAUGCCAUCCUGGCCGAAGACCAGCACAUGCCGUUGUACAAGGAAUUGGUGGAGCAGUAUAAGGUGGAGUACAUUGCUGGGGGGGCUGCUCAGAACGCUCUCAGGGUCGCACAGUGGCUGCUGGGUAAGCCCAAGGUGUGUGUGUUCUUCGGUUGUAUCGGCCGGGAUGAGUUCGGGGAGAUCCUGGUGAAGAAGGCGACGGAGGACGGUGUUGAUGUCCAGUACCAGUACAAUGAGAAGCAACCCACUGGUACUUGUGCCGUUCUGAUCACCAACAAUGGCACCCAACGGUCGCUCUGCGCCAACCUGGCAGCCGCUAACCACUUCACUCCCGACCACAUCCGACUGCCCGAGAACAAGAAGAUUGUUCAGAGCGUUGAUUACGUCUACGUCUCCGGGUUUUUCCUAACCGUUAGCGUGGAGUCGAUACUGGAGGUGGCCGAGGUCGCUCUUCAAAGGAACAAACUGUUCUGUAUGAACCUCAGCGCUCCCUUCCUCUCACAGCUGUUCAAGACUCAGAUGAUGAAAGUCAUGCCGUAUGUCGACAUUUUGUUUGGCAACGAAACUGAAGCAGCGGUGUUUGCCAAAGAGCAAGAUUUGGAAGAGAAAGAAGACUUGCAUAAAGUGGCAUUACUCAUGACUCAGCUGCCUAAACAAAACACCAAGAGAUCUCGGAUUGUGAUCAUCACACAGGGGGCUGAACCUGUAAUUCUUGCCAAAGACGGAGAAACUAAGGAGUUCCCUGUGAGUCUUCUGCCACCGGAGAAGCUUGUGGAUACCAACGGGGCGGGAGAUGCCUUUGUUGGAGGAUUCCUGGCCCAGCUGAUCCAGGGGGCCAGUAUCGACCAGUGUAUCGACUGCGGUGUGUGGGCAGCGACGGAGAUUGUGCAGCGGUCCGGUUGUACGUUCGAUGGGCCGGCUCACUACACCCCAUAGUAUCCUCCGACUCGGUGAUGAUACAUUGUUCGUAUAGGAUGGCUCAACAAAAACUGUUAGCUCAUUUGAGUUUUUUUUCUUUUAUUGGUACUCUCCACAACAGUGACACUGUGGAAAUAUUUGGGAAUGCAUCAUUUAGUUUUUUACUGUAUUAUAAAAGAGAUUUUAUUGACUAAAAUUUAAUUAUCAUUAUUAGUACUUGUGUUUUUAAAACAUAUGUUUUAAUAAAACUUUGAAAACUGUUUUUAAUCAAUCCAUUAGUAUUUAUCACAUUAAUUUAAUACAUAGUAACACCUCAAUUUAUGUCUUUAAUUUGUGCAUGCUUGUUUUACAAAUUGACAGAAAUAGUUAUGUUGUAGCGAAGUCAGAAGUUUUAUUAGCAGACUUGCAAUACCCAGUAAAGUGUUUCAGCGAAAUUUUAGAUUACCAACUUGUUUAAUAUUACGACGAAUUUAUCCUUAUAUUCACAUUUUUAUUUACGAUCUUAUAUUUUUGUAAAGUCUACAAGUCAUUUUUGCAAGAUUUUUGGAAAGUGGUGAUUUUUACUGACAAAUUUCACAUAAACUGAUUGAAAUUGUAUCUGUAUAAUUCGUAGGUAUGGAGUCUCCUCUUAAUAAUUUAAAUUAUCUAUCCACCUCUUUGUAUAUUCUUUUGGUCAUCAUGCUAUUAUAUUGUCCCCCUUUUUCUGCAGUUUAUUUCACUGCCUCAUAUAUAACGUCAAUCAAAAGCUACCACUUAUGCCAGUCGAGACAGAUAAAAAUCACAAAUAUGAAUCUUUGUAUAACCACUGCAGUAUACAUACAAUGGACUCAUUGGGAUCAGGUAUGGUCCAAAUUAAAAAAGUAUGGAUUACAACACAAUAUAAAUUAAUGUUAUAUGAAUUUGUUAUACUCCGAUUACUAAUUUAAAAAAAUUUGCUUUUUAUUGAUUUUUAAUUUAUCAAUAAAUAUGAAUAUAACUAUUAAAACAUGAAAAACAAAAUAUCAGAUUUGUUUGAGCUGCUGGAUGAGUAAGGAUGCUGUACCCAGUCGCCCAUGCCUUACAUUUCAUUUAUAAAUCUUAUUUUAAAUCCACAAACCAGGUAAAGAGUAAUGAAAUAAAUUUUUGUGCCAGGACUCUUAUUGAUACCAUAAAAUAAUGCCUCAUGGGUAUGAGAUUCUGUAUGUAUGCACUAAUAUAAGUUCCCAACGUUUUACAUCACUGAGAAAGGAACACUUUUUCGGACAGUCAAUGUCACAAACACCAAUAAUUCUCCAUUGUUAUAAUAAAAAGUCGUCAAGAAAGUAAAGAUGUGUUAGGAUAUCAAUAUUUAUCAUAUAUAAAUAAAAUAUUUUGUGCUUAUAUUUGUCUAGUCAAAUUAAACUUUGAUAAACUUUGAAUACCCAAAGAUGAGUAUCAUUAGACAAUAUUUGGACCAGAAUAGGCACAGUUUUAUAGAAAAUAUUGUUACUAUUUCGUGUUUUUCUGUUAGUUGCACCUUAGUCAAUAGCGACACUAGUCGGUUAGUUUGUUUAAUGUUUGUCUGUUUGAUUGUUUGUCUUUUGUAAAGUUCUUAAAUGUGUUUAAAAUGUUAUAUGGGAGUUAUUCUCAUUUAUACAAUGAAGAGUAGUUAUUUAUGUGAAUUUUUUAUGUGUUGACCAUACCUUUUAAAUUGUAUUUCACUUGCUUCAGUUUAAAUCUGUAAUUUGUAUUUGUCACUAAUGUAAAUAUUUACCCAUAAUUAUUGUGGUAUUCAAAACAAGUUGCUAAUCAUGUACGCCUACAUGCUCCUAAAAGCUUUUGCACUGACAUAUAAAUAGAACUUAAUGUAACCUGCUCGCACAAACAAUAUUUUUAUAUGUGUAAAUGAGAUCAUAUAUUUUAUUGUUUUAAAAAUAAAUUGUAUAUUUUAUUCCCUGAAACAAUAUAUUUUGUAAUAAUGUACUGUAAUGAAAAAUGUUUGGAUAAACUUGUGUUUAUAUGCAGUUUUUCAUCAACCAGUUUAAUAUAAUAUUACUUAAUUUAUUGGGAUGUUUAAAGUGUUAAAAUUAUAAAAAUAUGUCUGUUGUGUUUUGUUGUACGUUAUAAACUAGGGCUGCAUUUGAUCUAAAUUCUCAAUGAUUUGAGAGUUCAUUUGAAAGAUAAAGUGAAAAUGAACACUUUUCUGUUGGACCUGUAAGCAGAAAUAAAAAUGUACAUUCAACUGCACAUUUUAUAGUGAUUUUGAAUCAUUUUAAAGAUAAUUAUGUCAUUAAAUCAGAUUAUUUGUUUUUGUUUAUAUUUACCUUAACCUACUAAUGUUCCUGAUGUUCCAAAAUAUACACAGUAUACAUUAAUAUUAGUGUUAAAUGUUUCGUAUUGUUUGUUAAUUUUAUGAACACUUGGAAACAAUAUGGACCAAUUUUAAUUUUAUGAUUUUAAAAAGCUAUUUAAAAUAGAUUAUAAAGUACACAAUAAAUACAAAUAAAAUACAACAGCAUAAAUACAUUUAUGAUUAAACACUUUAAACACUCUCAGAAGUAAUUUUUAAUUCCUUCUUUCUUCAAUUUAUACAAAAUGUACUGUUAAACCUAAUACUCCUAGGUUAGACAGUAAAAUGUACAAUACAUAUGUUAAAUAUGAAAGCUUCUUAAACUGUUAAUACAAAUUUAUAUUGGGCUAGUCUCACUUAAUGUUUUGUACAUUUUGCUUAAAAUAUUAAAAACCGAUAAAAUUAUUUUGUUGCUUUUACCUGCAUACUGAAAUGAAAGAAGUAAAUUGUAACAGUAUUUUCUUAAAGAUUCUUUGUAGUAAGUUUCAGGAAAGAAUAUUCUUUGGGUACAAAACCACUGAUUGUUAAGUAAAAUAUGAUUGCCUACUUGUAGUUUUAUUACUACAAUAUUGAUUAAGAUAAGAAUAACAUAAUUUACUGUUAACAUAUUAUUGUGAUCAUUUUUUUAUUUCUUAAAUACGUUGUUACUUUUGUCUGUGGCAAUGUACUUAACUAUUACAUGGAUGGAAUCUAAUAAGAUUGUUAAAUGUUA